GUGGCUCCGAUGGCCACACCAGUGCUCUUCCUGUGUAUCUUUGUCCUUAGCUUUGGAACGCUGAAUAUCCUGGUUGCGGUCAUGGUCGAGCGUAUCUCAGUGAUCACCGCAGAUCGCCGGACCCACGCCGAGCAGGCUCGUGUUCGCAUGGAAGCAUACAUGUUGGAGUCGAUGGUCGAAGACCUCCAUGCCAACGACAAAGAUGGAAGUGGCGAUAUUUCACAGAAAGAGUUCAAGAAGAUCAUCAGGAUCCCCGGCUUGGUGAAGAAGCUGGGGCUGCUGGGGAUCACCAUCGAGGAGGCGGAGAGUCUCUUUGACAUCAUGGAUGUGAACCAUAGUGGAACGGUGACGCCCGAAGAGUUCAUCGCAGGGCUGCAGAAG